AUGCUGAAGCAGCUCCAGCAGAAGGCUCGGAAGAUCGAGUGCCUGCAUCGGGAUGAUGGGCCGGUGGCUGAUAUGGCAGCCCCGGUAGAUCCACUCCCUAGACCUGUUGCGACCCCAGCCCGGACAAUGGAUGUGCUAGUACGACCAGUGUCUACGGAUGCACAGCCAGAUGCCCAACAGCUUUGGGACGAAGCUUUUGGUUCCGCUGCAAUGCCUGAGGAUCCUAUUGCAGCGCCAGAAUCCAAGGAACCCGACGAACCCCGACGCCCCGUACCCAAUGAAACCCAAGAGUCUGUGGAGCCCGAUUUCAAUGAACUUCGCGAGCUUCUUCAUGCCAGCCUUGUCAAAGAGGAGAAGUCGCCGCCGCCGACACCAACAGAUGCCUUCAAUCAGCGAAUGGAGAUUGUUAUCCGAAAUAUCAAGGAGGGCAAGGUGGUGAUCGAUAGUGGCUACUACACGGAGGCCACGAUGAAAUCGGAGCUCAAGAAAGACAAGUACCAAUCCCACAUCAUCGAGUAUUGGGUGGACGUUCGCACCAGCGGGAGCCUAUCGAGGAGCACGAAGGAGGAAUUCAACCAGUUUGUCGAGAUCAUCGAUAGUGGUGCAUCCUUGCCACCGCCUACCUUGGGCGACGAAGCCCUCCCUUCCUACGAUGUCGAGGAUGAUGACGACGAAGACGACGACCAGGACGACGGGGACGACGAUGAAGACAACGAUGAGAAAGAGGAGAAGGAAGAGGCAGUGGAAAGUGCUUUGGAGGCUCAUCACAUUGAGAUCAAGAACAUCCCGCAAGUGCUGUCGGAGAUUCUAAAAUUGCGAAUCAAAGUGGACGGCACCCUCGAAGAUCUGGCCAAAAAGGCUGGCAAGAAAGGAGAUCAGAAUAGGGGCGACAAGCUCAGCAAGCACGGGGACGACCUGAUGUCGUUGCAUGAUGAGCUAGCGGAGAUUAAAGCGGACAACAGCAACACGGCCACUCCCAGCGAUGAGACGAUGAAGAAGCUGAAGGAAAAGUUGGCUGCCGUUGAAAAGCUGACGAGCCGCAUCACCAUGGAGCAGAAGAAGCUCAAGCGGAUGCAUCUCGAUCGAUCAAAGCCAAAGAAGAAGCCCGCAAAAUCCGAGCGGGACAAGGAUGUGCGGCAAGCAGCAGCCGUGGCGAAACCGGAGCAGCGUCAGCUGCCUUGGCCCGGGCUCGUGGUUUCAGAUCGGUUGCUAUGCAGCAUUGCUGCCGGCUUCGUUGAUGAAGUUCGUGAGGCCGACCCAGAUUUAGCCGAGGAUCUUCGAAGUGCUCAUUUGCUUCGGGACUUACACCGGCAAUCGAAAACGAAGCACGAAAGUGCAUCUUCAAAAAGCUUCGCAAAGAGUGGCUUAUCCUGUCCAGUAGAGAUCACGACGGUGGAAGUGGGUCCUGACGAAACACAUCCUGUUCUGAAGAUUGCUGAUAUGCUUCAAGCUUUGGCUUCAUGCAACAAGUUGUGUUUGCUCUGGGGUGCUAAGUCUAUGACUUCAAAUACUGAUGUGCUGCCGAAAUUCUGGCGACGCUGGAGAGCUCACGAUCCGCAGCAUGCAGUUUUCGGGCACCAUCGGAAUAACAUGGCUUAUGUGCUUCCUCUGCAAUUGCAUGGGGACGAGGGUCAAACCCUUAAGAAGUCUGGGGUGCUUGUGAUAAACUGGCAAUCUCCACUUGGCUUUGGCCUUUCAACAACGGAAGAUCGCCCUGAAGCUAUGUCCCUAAACUAUACUGGCAACUCCUAUGGCACACGGUUCCUCUACAGCGUCUGCCACAAGAAGCGCUAUAGCAAAGGGAAGUCCUAUAUCCUCACUGGCAUCAUGGACCGAUUAGCUGAGGAACUUGUGGAUGCAUUCUACAACGGCGUAUCUCUACAGAUUGGGGGCAAGCAGGUUACCUUCUACUUAGCCUUGCUGGGGCUUAAGGGAGAUUGGCCUAUCCAAGCUCGAUUCGGGAAUUUGUCACGACACUUCGCCCGCAAGGGCGUGUAUGAGGUUUCUGAAAAGAGUGGAUUCUGCCACUUGUGCAGAGCUGGGGAGCAAGGCUACAAUCCAAAUGACUAUGGAGAGUCUGCUAGUUGGCGAGCUACGUACUUGCAAACUGUUCCCUGGGAUACAGAAGGACCCUUGUGUCGUGUGCCGCAGUCGCCAGCGAAGGAGUAUAUGCACAAGUUCGAUGUAUUUCAUACUGUCCAUAAGGGCGUCUUUGCUGAGCUUGCCGGCAGUGGCAUAGUUGUCAUCACCGACUACGGGUUGGCAGGGCCUGGCGAUAUUCCGGCGCAACUUGAUACGAUCCACAAAAUGGCUGUGCAGCACUGCAAGGAAACGAAUACGCCCUUGCACAUGGACUCGCUCACUCGGCAUCUGCUGUCAUUUCCAGGGGACUAUGCAUAUCCCGUGGGGAAUUGGUUUAAAGGUGCCGACACUACAGCUAUGUGCAGUUUCCUUGAAAUGUUCUGGACGCAACACCUCGCGAGUGCAAGCACACGGGACGCAUACCUGGACGGGCUUCUGGAAUGCUUGCGUGCUGGGAAUCUCUUCAUGCGUACCUUAUACGGCUCAGGUCUGUGGCUUUCCUUGGACCGCUGCAAGAUUGCUGCCGAAUCCGGCUUAGCAUUUCUGAGGUCGUAUUUGGCGACAUCGCAUCGAGCUUUUGAGUUACAGCGCACGCGCUUCAAACUCACACCCAAGUUCCAUGCUUUGAUACACGUCAUUGACGGGCUUGCGAUCGCUUACAACAGUGGUCGCCGAUGGACACUCAACCCUUUGAGUGAGGCGACUCAGAUGGACGAGGAUUUUAUCGGUCGUGUAUCGUCUUUGACAACAGCUGUGGGCACCCGUCAGAUGCACAUACAGACUUUGAAGAAGUAUCUGACCAAUGUGUGGACCCAUGUGCGCUCGAAGUGA